ACGCUUGACGUUUUAUUUUCUAUAGAAGUUAACGAACAACUGCUGGUGUUGUGCUGUGGUAUUUAUUUUGAAAGCACCUCUUAUUUUAAGAUAUUUCGAUAAUCAUGUUUUUGAAAUCAUCUCUUUUUUUUGUUCUAUUCAUUGUUGGUGUUUACGGAUACCACGACUGUUCUGAUAAACCCGGUAAUGUAGAGUUUCUUUCGGUGAAAAUAGAUGACUGCGAUGUUAAUAAAGGAAGAUGCGUCGUAAAAAGAGGCACGGAUAUUAAAGUCGCAAUUACGUUUACUGCAAAAGCUGACUUCAAUAAGGUCAAUGUUGAACCUUAUUUUCUAAAAGGCGACGAACGUAAAUAUAUAACACUGGACAAUUACAAUGCAUGUAGUAAUUCCGGAAUUGCAUGUCCCAUCAAAGAGAAUGAAACCUAUACGUAUCAAACUUUGGUUUCAAUAUAUAAAAUGAUCGGCAACAAAGAUAUCAAAUGGGUAUUCCAAGAUGAAAAUAAGAAUGGAUUGUUUUGCGUUAUGGUUCUUCUGGAAUCGGUAGAUUAAUACGUGUAUUAACAAGAAAUAUAUAUAUAUUAUUAUGUAUGUUAUUUAUUGUCUAUGAAACUGUAGUGAUAUACAUUUUUUUAUUAUCACAUGUGUUAUUGUAGCAACAAAUCAAACAAAAUAUUUGUAUUUUUUGAGCAAAUGCUAAAAACUGAUUACAGAUAAUAUUGUCUAUUCAGAUUCAAUAUGUUCAUUGUUGUUACCGUGUAAACUAUUUAGUUUAAUCCUGUUGUUUACAUGCUACGUUUACUUAAUUAUUUUAUUAUCUUCAGCUGACUGCAAUAAACUGUGUGAGAGAACGUUGCAUUGUGAAAAUGUAAUACAAAAUAAAGUGUAAGUGUUUUAUAUUAGUCAACUUUAAUUUUUUUAUGUUUACAAAUUUUAUUUUCUUAUCAGACGAAAAUGAAAUAAAUAUCUAAUUAAGUGUUGUA